UUCAACCAAGAUUUACAUAUACAUCUUAACAUUUUUAUUUUAACCAUGAUGAGAACACUCCUUUCCUUUGCUCUUCUUCUUGCUUUAUGCACCCAACCCUUACUUGGUGAAGCUCAAACCAACCCUGGUGGCCCAAUAAGUGAGCCAGUGAAGGACACAAGUGGCAAUAAUGUCCGGGCCGGCGCGGACUAUUUUAUCCGGCCGGUCACAACAAUCCCAGCCAUUUGUCGCCGGCCGGGAUGUGGCACUGGCUUUGCCCUUGCAUCAACAACACCAAACAAGACCUGCCCCCUCAACGUUGUGGUCGUAGGGGGCAACGGCCAACCGGUGAAAUUCACACCGGUUAGCCCUAACAAGGAUGGUGUCAUUACAACCUCUACUGACUUGAACGUCAGAUUUGAUGUCAAGACGAAUUGUGCGGAGUCCACGGUGUGGAGGCUACAAAGUGAUGGCUCAACCGGAAAAAGGAUUGUGAGCACUGGUGGUGUUAUAGGAAACCCUGGAAAGAACACAAUUAGUAAUUGGUUCAAGAUUUUGAAGGAUGGUAAUGAUUACAGCCUUCAAUUCUGCCCUACGGUUUGCAAUACUUGUAGGCCAGCUUGUGGGAACAUUGGUGUGGUUCAAGAUAGUAAUGGGAACGUUCUUGUUGGUAUCUCUGAUCAACCAUACAAAAUUCGGUUCCAGAAAUCUUCCUAAAUUAAACCUCCAAUCUAAGUUUGUUCAGUGUUAGCUUUAUUCACAUGAUACAUACUACUAAAUAAGUGGGUGAAGACUCGUGUGCAAUUUAUUUUUAUUAUUAAUUUUACAACAAAGAUAAUUACAUAUGAGUUUUAAUUUGUAAUCUGAAAAAAAUAAGACCAUGUUAAAAUAAAAUUUGUCCUUUUGCGUUGUCAUCAUGUCCUUUUUCUUUCC